CGCCUGUAGAAUAAUCGGCGACAUGGGCUAUGUCGCCGAACGACGGUCGUUCUGCCGUCAACAGCCCGAACCUUCAAAGCCCGCCUGAGCAUAUAAACCUGCAAAGUUGAACGUUCGACGACGAAUAUAACCUCCCUCCAACGUUUGUCUCUCUCAUAGUUCUAUUCCCUACCUUACGUUACAAUCUUGAGCUAUGUCUUCCAACGACAUUUCCUACCUGGCUGAUGGCGGAGACGCGACCCCCGUGACCUCCAUCCCGACGGUACCAGUCACAGAACAACGUCCUGUAUGGACCGAACAUAACAACGUUAAGGAAGCCGGCAUGGCCCGAGCAAAUGUCGCUUGCACUGAGCAGUCACCCGAAGGUUCAACCUAUGGGAAUUUCACCAAAGAUCGUGCUCACCAAACGGUCCUGCAACAGCAUCUCGACUUCUUCGAUCUCAAUCAUGACAACAUCAUCACGCCCUUGGAGACUUUCAUCGGUUUCCGCCGUCUUGGAUGGAACAUUGUCCUAGCCAUGAUGGCCGUCUCUAUCAUCCACAUCGGUUUCAGCUAUGGUACCCAGAACUCAUGGGUCCCGGAUCCUCUGUUCCGAAUUCUCACAGAGAAUAUACAUAAGGCCAAACACGGCAGCGACAGUACGACGUUUGACAAUGAGGGCAGGUGGAAAGCCCAAGGCUUUGAGGACUUGUUCGCCAAAUACGGACAGAAGUAUGAGAGUAAGGACGGGAGCGGGGAAACGCAGUGGGGAUUAACCUUUACGCAAGCUCUGGGCGUGAUUAACGGUCAAAGAGUGGCUUUCGAUUUCUUUGGGAUCUUUGCCUCCUUGUUUGAAUGGUUCGCGGUGUACCUCACUCUCUGGCCUGAAGACGGUGUGAUGAAGAUGGAAGAUAUCCGUGGGGUAUUUGACGGUAGUAUCUUCUACACGAUCGCCGACAGGCGCAAUGCAAACCUCCAAGGAAGAUCGAAGUUGAAGAUGUGGAAGAAAGGUAGAGCUGCUGCGCGUGCUAAACAUAAUUAGUGACGCCGCUACAGGCGCCUUCGUGUUCUAGGAAGAGCACUUUCCGAUUUGCGGAAGAUUUCAGGACCUUUGUACAUCACUUUGUAUAUCGAGACAAAGACCUAGAGUUAUGAAUUUCCUUGGAAUUGUACUGCAUAGCAUCCUCUGUUUCUGUGGACUGUAUUAUACUUUGU